AUGAGAGGAUUUAUGGAAAUUGACAAGAACGGCGACGGUAACGGCACCACAAAUCUCGCCCCGGAGUACCUGGCACUGCUGCAACAAUACUUGGAGCACCAACAGCAACAGCAGCAACAGCCUCAGCACCACCAGCACCUCCAUCUCCACCAAGCCCAGCCCGGCCCGUCGAGAGCUCGGCUUAACGUACUGAUCGAGCAGGAGUUGGCCCGCCUCGCCGACAGACCCGUUGCCCACAAGCACCCCCAGCUGUACGACCCGGCACAAGCCAUCCCGCUCGAGGUAGAGCAGUACCACGUGGAGACGAGUCCUAGGAGGCCGCUACAGCCAGCCCCACCACCACCACAGCACCUCUACUACCCGGUAGAGGAGCAGGUGGCCGUGACGCCCCAGAUCCACCACCAGCCGCAGCACGUGACCCCGGUCCCGGUCCACCAUCACCAGCAGCCAGCCCAGGCCCAGCAUCAAGUCGAGGUCCCACAGCCCCAACAGCAGCAGUUGCGCUACCACCAGGCCAUCCCAAUACAGUACGGGUACGAGGACGAACAGCAGAUCCGGGAGCAACAGCAGAGUCCCGAGUCGAUUGUGCGGGCCCAGGCGCAGGCAGAGGCCCAGGCGCUGGCCUUCCAAAAGGUAGCCCAGGCGGCCCACACGAAGCACCAGGACUCGGCCCUCGAGCAGAUACGCGUCGCCAACGAGAAGUACCGGCAGCAGAGCGCCCUCGAGCAGAUCCGGCAGGGCGAGGCAGUCAGCGAGGCUGGUCGACAGGAGCGCGUGAGACCCAAGGACCCGGAGGGCGCGUACAAGGCCCACCUGAAGGCCCAAGCGACGGCCCUGGUGGCGGAGCAGCGUCGCGCCCAGGAGGCCUCCGAGUACAAGGCCCACGCCGAGGCGAUCCUCAAACUGCAGGCCCAGCAGCGGGCCCACCUCAGGGCCCAAGAGGAGGCCCACAAGUACGCCCUGAACUUCGAGAAGAACCAGCAGCGCGCCCAAGCCCACGCCCAGGCGGUGGCCAACGCCCAGGCCCUGGCGUUGUACAAGGCGCGCCAGCAGUCCCUGGCCAAGGCCCAGACGGAGGCCAAACAGGCCGCCAGGGCCCAAGCCGAGGCCCGCAGGAUCGACCCCGACAGCGCCCCCGUGGUCCAGUACUUGCUACCCAACAAGGUCGCCCUGCCAGCACCCGAGGUGUACCUGCCCAAGGCGGCAGAGGCCCUCCGAGCCCAGGCGGCUCAAGAGAAGCGCCUGAAGAAGCCCCAGCAGCCCAUCAAGCAUAUACUCUUGGAAGAGAUCGAGCCGCAGUUGUUGCGCCGGGAGCCCGCGGGCAAGCCCGAGGAGCAGCAGGUGACCUUCCUCGUCGACGCGGGCUACUACAGAAAGACCCAGCAGCCUCAGCGUCCGUUGCUCAGGCAGCCCGAGUACCAGGGUAUCGAGGAGGUCACGGGCAGGCCGCAGCACUACCCCCAGCAGUACCACCAGCAGAUCGAGAGCGAGAAACUCGCCUUGCUCGUACCGGUUGAGCACCAAUCGGGCCCUUGA